AUGGCGAACCGGCCAUACUUCUCGACAUAUGUGGAAGAUUUGGAACAGGUAGUCGACACGCUGAUGUAUUUGUGGUACUAUGAUCUUUGUUAUUUCAGGACCCUUUUGAUGCCACAGAUUUUGUUGAACGAUUAGCAUGGCGGAUAACUGAAGGAAAGGAAGACGUUGAUGUAGAAUACUUAAAAAGGAAGUUUGAAGAAGAGAUUGGCUCCUUGCAAACAUCCAGUGAAAACUUUCAAGCCAAGAUCCAACGGCUUGAAGAUCAGAGGAAUGUUGCUAAGAUGAAGUACUUAGAUUCCCUUCAACAGUUACAUGAGAAAAACGCUGAAGCUUUGGAAAAAGUUAAGGUGAGUGGAGGAGAUAUCGUUUAUUUUAUGGCACUUGAAAGCUCAUUUUGA